AUGACUCGGCAGACUGAGUGUGGACCGGGAAGACGAGGUGUGCACCGGCAUAUGUCGACACAGCAAGAGCUCGAUAACGUCGUUUCGUUUUAUGAUGACCAGGUGACCCUUUACGCCGACCAAGAGAUCCAGACUGUCACGCUGAAGGCGCUCCUAGGCAGGCGGGCCAAGAAGGCCGGGGCUGAGGAGGCAGCGCUACCAACAACAACAGCAGCAGUCGACGGAGACGACCACGACCAUCACCAACAGGAUCUAGAAGUCAACUUACAGAUGGCUCGGUAUGCACGCAAGGAGUUACCAGUCCGGCUAGCUCGACGGGUCAAAUCGAUCCAGAACCUACCCUUUAUUAUCGGGACCAACCCGUAUAUCAAGCGAGUGUAUCGGCUUUACUACGAUUCCUUCCAGGCCCUGACGGCGUUCCAGGAAGAUAUUCGAGAUAAGGAGGAUUUGGACCGGUUUGCGGAGGUCUUGCGAGGCUUGGUUGAGUCUCAUACGGAUGUUAUUCCUAUGCUCUCCCAAGGUUUUCUGGAAUGCAAAAAAUAUAUGAACACUACCGACAUUCAAACUUUCCUCGACGAGAUGAUUAGGUCGCGUAUCGGAAUCCGACUGAUUGCUGAACAGGUUAUCGCUCUUCGGGCGCAAAGGACGGACAUACUCAAGUGUGACGACAACGAGGAAUCUACUCAAGAUAGCUGCAGCACCAUCACUACAGACCAAUCGAAUGCCGAUAGCAAAGUCAUUGGUGUCGUCCAUACACAACUCAGGCCGGCAGAACUGGUCAAGGACUGCGCAUCGUUUGUCCAGGAACUGUGUAACGUCAACUAUGGAUCGAGUCCCGAUGUGGUGAUCAACGGUCAGACGGACGCGACGUUCACCUAUGUGCCUGUCCAUCUCGAGUACAUUCUCUGCGAACUUCUCAAAAACUCUCUGCGAGCAACGGUUGAGCACUCGGCCAAGAUUGGGCGGUCUGUUCCACGACGAGAGACCAGCAUCUUUGACGAGCCCUCAGAGGAGGAAGGGUCAAUUGAUCAUGCCGAGGUCCGACAAGUUCGUCAGGUGGACAAAGGAGGAUCAUUGUCAUCAUCGUCGCCAACACGGAAAGAGAAGGGAGGCGAGGAGCUAGAUAUUACCAAACGGCCGAACGAGUUUGGACACCCACCGGUGGAGGUGACGAUUGCGCAGAGCGAGCAUGAGAUUACAAUCCGGAUCCGUGACCAGGGCGGUGGAGUGUCACAGGAGGACCUGGACCACAUCUUUGAUUACUCGUUCACGACCGUCAAGGAUGAGAACGAGACCUCUUCCUCAUCCUCCUCCGCGGCGGCUAGUGGUGGUCCGUUGGAUGGUGGUAGUCCUAGCAACGAAUCUGAGAGCAUCUUUACGGGAGUCAGUCGGUUGGCGAUGCAGGCUGGACUUGGAGGCCCAAUUGCUGGUCUAGGUUUUGGGUAA